AUCACAACAAGAAGAACCUUCCUAAUUCCCUUACCUCUCCUUACACAAAUGGAGAAUUCCCCAUUUCAUCCCUUUUCUUCUUCUUCUUCUUCUCAAUGUCCUCCUCUUACCCUAAUUCUCCACCCCCCACCACCUACCUCACCAAUCUCGGCUUUGGCUAUUCAAUCGCCAUCGCCCUCGGCUUCCUCUUCCUCUUCUCAACGCUCAUCCUCUGCUCCUACCUAUGCUGCCGCACUCUCCGCCACCGCAACCGCAACCGCAACGGCACUCACAACCCCACCAACUCCGACGGCGUCGUUCUGCCGCGGAUAAUCUUCGUGGCGGAGGACGACGACGAAGACCAGCAGCGUGACGGCGGCGACAACAUCGUUAUGGGUCUUGACCAGAACGUCAUAAACUCGUAUCCGAGGUUCCGGUACGCUAAGGAUGCGGGACACGACACCACGUGCUCGAUCUGUUUGUGUGAGUACAAGGAAUCGGAGAUGCUGAGGAUGAUGCCGGAGUGUCGCCACUAUUUUCAUCUCUGUUGCCUCGAUUCUUGGUUGAAGCUCAAUGGGUCUUGCCCCGUUUGCCGGAACUCCCCCAUGCCGACGCCGCUCUCGACGCCGCUGCAGGAGGUGGUUCCGCUCUCUCAGUACGCCGCUGAUAGAAGGGGAAUUAGGUGACUUUUCUUCUUUGGGUAUGUGGGUUUUUGGGUUUUGCUAGUGAGAGAUGGCGAGUUUUUCUUCUUCUUCUUUUUCCUUUUUUUAAUUUUUUUUUUCAGGGAAAAAAUGAUGAGGUGGUUGAUUUGCUGGUGAACAUUGUAUCUGGUAGAUGUUAUUUGCUUAGGGGUUUGAUGAUGUGAUUCAAAUUUUUUUUUUUUGGGUCUUUCAUAGAACAUCAAAUUUUCCUCGAUGAAUCUUGGACAAGGGUUACAAUGAUGCUUGUUGCCCAUUAAUCUUAGGGUGAACUUAUUGUUAGUGCCCUGAUUGUCCCUGUAAUGGAAGAUCAUCUGCGUUUUGUUGUAGUGUAUCAUAUUUUGGUUGAUUUGAUAUUGAACU